GUUUAACUGAAGGCUUUCGGUCAUGCAUCCGUACCAGAUCACGUUUCGACCCAGCGUGGGAAACAGCUCAUACGUUCACUAGCCAGAUUAGAGUAGACGUUUCUCGAAAUAUUGAUAACGCAUCAAAUAUAUCUUUCCUACCUCUUCGCAUCUGACUUCUGAUUUCGAUUGGUUGGGGAACGCUCCAUACACGGAAGGUGUUACUGGUAGCUAGUUCUAAAAUUAGAAUACUAGUCAUAUCUUCAAGAUUAUUUGUUCCUCAGGAUAUACUGAUGGAUUCCCUCUGUCCCCUAUAUUUGAACUCCUGUUAUUCUUCUCUCAUUUAAUUGAAUCUCUUCACUUUGUGGCACACAAAAUAUCUCACUCUGGUAAACAAAACUUUGGCAAGAGGUUAACAACUGGAAUGAUAGGCUUACACUUGAUGAGAAUCUGACUGCAAUUUGAAUCUGAGCAAAUGUCAGCAGCCUUACUUUCGAUCAUUCAAGAUUUAAAGCUGAACUAUUACGGGAAAGUUCAGAUCAUUAAGCAUCCUAAGUAUUUGUUUUCAAGAAAAAGAUUUUCAACAUUCUGAACCACUUGAACCAUAUUCGACCUUGAUUCAAGGAUUCCAUUUGAACCAUUUCAUAAAUAGGAUCAAUUCUCGCUACAAAAGAAGUAAUUAAUUAGUUUCUCUAAGUUCAGUAUUCUGUUACUAAAUUUAUGCUGCUUUAAAUUGUUUCUUUUUCAGUCGUACCUCGGCAAUGGCUUUAAAAUGGCCUUUUAAUGCUACCAAGCACAUGGAAAGAUAAAAAGUUAGACAUUGUCCUACACAGAUAAAUUACUUGAGAACCUUAUUCUCGAUACCUUAAAGUUAGUUCUUCAGGUGUGACAUACAUGUGCUAGCACAUAUGAGAUAUUAAGCUCUCUUGAAGAUGUUUUUAAUGAUUAUUUAACGAGACAUUAUUUUCAGCUGAAUCCCUUCCAAAGUCUUCUAUGUAACUUGGUUACGAAUGAAAAAUUUUCAGGCAUCUUUACUGGCUCCCGAGAAACCGCCAUAUAUAUUCAGAUUAGAUGACCAUAUAAAAGUCACUUUAUUAACAUUGUCGUUGUCACAUUUACCCCACAGUUAAACGGGGACAUACUUAACUUUUUCUAACUUUUCUCUUCCAUGUGUACAACCACCCUCAAUACUUUUUAUUGAUAUAUUUUAAGCUGGACAGUAACUGGAGCGGAACGUUGGUAUAUUAGCAAUUGCGGAUUUCCUAAAACUAACUUAGAAAUGGGUGGUUUAUUUUGACUGUCAAAGGUUUUUUGGCUGUAGUUGAUGACAUUAAUUUAUCCAAAACAUACCGAUAUAGGCUCUGAUAUAUUUGUUAAUUUAACUAGCACCAUUAAGCCUUAUUUAGCAAACUCAGUUGUGUCAGAAAACAGGGAACCAAGCAGUUUUAGAUUAAUAUGACUGUUUCAUUUCGAUAGGUAAAAUUUUGACUUUACAAAUGACUCUGGAUAUUAUAGUAGCUCUAUUUUAGUGACCUGACAGGCUUCAAAAGUCAAAUAUUCAACAUAUAGUUUCCAAAACGUAUUAGGCUAAUUAUUUAUGACAGUUGUUCGGCGUACUUAUUAAGCCGUCGAUAAAAACAUAUCCAGGAGUUAUAGAGAAAGCUGAUAUCCAAACGUUCCAUUCCAUUUGAGUUCCGUGAUUACUUUAAAACUGAGUAACUUUGUCUUGUUUCACUUACAUUUAUAAUCGUACAGGUAGAUUGCUCAUUUAGGGGGAAAUAUCUCGAAGCCCAAAUAAAGCACCACUGUUAAAUUCCAAGGGGUAUUUAAACUUUGUGCACCAACAAGCCAUUAUCCUAAAGCUUUUAUUAACUCCGUAAGAUCAGACCUCAUGCUAUACAGUUUAGACCGCUAGUGUUAUUUACCAGGUUCCAGAACUAAUCAUUACCGGCUUUUGGUAACUUAUGGCCACAGCGUUCUAAGAACGGAUGUUGUAGAAUGAAAUCGCGAAUGUAUGUUGCAUCAAAUUUCAAGUAUUCAUAAGGGGUAAUAAAAUUUGGCACUAACUCUCCUUGCUCUUGCUUUCAGUUACAUUUGGAAGUAGAUUUACGUAUGAUAAUUAAUUACAACUUUUAUGAGAGCCCUUUCCCUUUCAAACGAACAACAUUUUUUAGUGACUGUCCCUAAAAUGACGCCUAUAUGGUUGAAUUCUAACAAAGUUGGUUUACUUUUCAGGCUUUCGGCCCACCGUUUUGUUAAUAUCAGCUUUAAUAGCAAUAUUAAUAAUAUUUUUAUCACAUUAUUACAGUCGGAAGAGUACUUUAAACUUUUUAGAUACACUAAUGGCAUCUGUGGUAAUACAAAAACUCAAAAAAGCUCAAAAACAAGGAAAAGAAGAUAAUCAAGCUAUACAGAGGUCGAUAGGACGAAAUAUUACUGAAUUGGAAAGGGAAGAAAAAGAUUUAGAAGAUGAGAUAAGAAGAGCUGCUAUGAAGAACAACAGAGCAGCUUGUACUAUGUUAGCACAAGAGUUAACAAAGAUUCGUGCUCUAAAGUCAAGAAAUUCUCGUUUUGCAGAUCACAUGAACAUUGUGCAGAGAAAACAAACAUCUUCACUGUACGCAGCCAAAUAUGGUGAAUCACUUGAAGCGGCUGCGAAAACCAUGCAAAAUUUCAACAAGGUCAUGGACAAAACGAAGGUCUCUGGUCAACUUCAACAGUUCGAUAAGGAAGCAUUACAAAUGGAUAUGUCUGAAGAUACCUUAGACACCAUGCUAUCUUCACUAUGCGAAUCUGACGAGGAGAACGUUGAUGAGUGUAUAACAAACAUUUUAAAUGAGCCGCCAAGUUACCUACCUGAUAUAUGGCCCUCUCUUCCUGAUACACCUUUAACAAAGUCCAGUUCUACUUCUAAACAAUUUCGUGAUAAUAUAGUUUAA